CCAUGUCAACCGAUGAGCCGCCCAUUCCUGACGAUUUCGUUCUGCCUCCCGAUACCUGCAUCAUCCAAGGUAAAGGCGAAUUCGUGGCUGCUGGCGUGACCUCACUCGUGGAGCUCUUGCCGAACGGCGAUAUUAUUAAGACACCAUGGGAUGAUCCCACCAGAGGGGAUUGUGUGCAAGACAUUAUCACUGAGGCAAAAAUCUAUCAAAUAUUAGGGCAACACCCGCGCCUGGUAAAGCUUCGAAGUUGGGAUUCUAUGCAACAUACAAUAACAAUGGAGUACAUGCCAAAUGGCACACUGCAACAGUACAUUGAAAACCAUUAUAAAGAUAUUUCACGACCACUGCAGCUCCAGUGGGCUCAACAGGCGGCUGAAGGCCUGCAGCUCCUCCAUGCAACCAACAUUAUUCAUUGCGACAUUGGUCCACAUAACUUUCUGUUAGACGAAUUACUUGAUUUAAAGAUUUCUGACUUCAGCGGUUCGUCGGUCAACGGUUCCUGCGCCUCGGUCUGCCCCAGAUCCCGCUAUCGAGCUCCCGAUCCGGAGUGGCACCCAGGCAAGCCGCCAAGCUUCAGCGAAGAUUUAUUUGCUCUUGGCUCUGUACUUUACUUUAUAUUCACCGGCAAUCCCCCAUUCCAAAAGCUAGAGGAGGAUCAAGUUGAAAGAAAUUACGAAGCUGGAGUUUUCCCUGAUUUAUCAGAGGUGCUGUGCUCUGAUAUCAUCACGCUGUGCUGGCAGCAGAGCGCUGGUUCUGCUCACCAGAUAUAUGAGAUGAUUAGCCGACUUUGUGUCUCGGAAAAUAUAUAG